AUGAGCAGUGUGGUCCAGAACCCCUACAUCGGCCGGACGCUGAGCGCUCGGAUGCCCAAACCCGGCACCGGGACCGGGGGAGGGGCUCCUCCGGGUCGGGAGGGCGGCGGGAUUUACCGGAGCGGCAGCGUGAGCAGCGGCAGCGGAGGCUCUGGAGGCCGCAUCCUGUCCCUGGCCUCCAUGAGCGAGAGCGUGCAGAGCGGCCUGGGCUGCUUCCUGUCGGAGGCUCUGGAGCAGGAGGAGCGGCAGCAGCGCAGCCGCCAGCUGGCCGACCUGCAGCGGCUCCGGGAGGUCCGGGCCGCCGCCCAGCUCAAGAACCUGGAGGACUUCCUCAAGAUGAACCACGUCUCGCUCAAGGACACCACGUCUUAUUCCACCGGUAUGAUCUACAGAAAUCUGGGGAAGUCGGGGUUGAGGGUCUCCUGUCUUGGACUCGGGACAUGGGUUACCUUCGGUGGUCAGAUCACAAAUCAGGUUGCUGAGGAGCUGGUGACGCUGGCCUACGAGAACGGAAUCAACCUGUUCGACACGGCUGAAGUCUACAGCGCCGGCAAGGCCGAGGAGGUGCUGGGAGGCGUCAUCAAGAAGAAAGGAUGGAGGCGUUCCAGUUUGGUGAUCACCACUAAAAUCUUUUGGGGAGGAAGAGCGGAGAUGGAAAGAGGACUCUCCAGGAAACACAUCAUUGAAGGCCUGCGAGCCUCGCUGGACAGACUGCAGCUGGAGUACGUAGACGUGGUGUUCGCCAACCGGCCCGAUCCCAGCACGCCCAUCGAAGAGACGGUGAGGGCCAUGACCCAUGUGAUCAACCAGGGCAUGGCCAUGUACUGGGGAACCUCCCGCUGGACCUCCAUGGAGAUCAUGGAGGCCUACUCCGUGGCCCGCCAGUUCAACCAGAUCCCCCCCAUCUGCGAGCAGGCGGAGUACCACAUGUUCCAGAGGGAGAAGGUGGAGGUGCAGCUGCCCGACCUCUUCCACAAGAUCGGCAUCGGGGCGAUGACCUGGUCUCCGCUGGCCUGUGGGAUCCUGUCUGGGAAGUACAGCGUGGGCGUUCCUGCUCAGUCUCGAGCCUCGCUGAAGGGCUACCAGUGGCUGAAGGACAGGAUCCUGAGCGAGGAGGGCAGCCGCCAGCAGCUGAAGGUGAAGGAACUGCAGGCGGUGGCGGAGCGGCUGGGCUGUACGCUGCCUCAGCUGGCCAUUGCCUGGUGUCUGAGGAACGACGGGGUGAACGCCGUCCUGCUGGGAGCCUCCAGAGCCGAUCAGCUGAUGGACAACAUCCGAGCUGUUCAGGUUCUGCCAAAGUUAUCGCUCUCGGUGGUUUCUGAAGUGGACGGUAUCCUGGGAAACAAGCCCAACAGUAAAAAAGACUUCAGGUCCUAAGAGACCUGGUGACGG